AUGGCGAGCGACGAGGAUAUCGAAUCAUUUAUGGGCAUCACAGGUGCCGACCGCACAGCCGCUGAGCGCAUGCUAGAACUGUGCGGCUCGGAUCUGGAACAAGCGAUACAGCUUUGGUUCACCGACGAAGACCUGCAGAGGUCGUUGAGCAAUGCUGGUCCCUCCACGACCACGACAGCUGCUCCGGCCACGAUCCCGGGCCGCCCCAGUCGGCCAAAUCGCCCGCAAAUCGGUCGAGAAGACGCUCAAGGUGUCAUUCACAUAGACUCAGAUGACGAUGUUCCUAUGACGGAAGAGGAUUUUGGCGAAGACGAGGACGACGAGAUACAAAAUGUGGCCCGCCAAGCCCAAGAGGAUGAGGACGCGGCAAUGGCCAAGAGGUUGCAAGAGGAGCUAUACUCUGGCGCUAGUGGUGCAGGUCAACAUGUUGACGAGGAUGGUGUACGAGCGCCUAUGGCCCGCACAACCGAGACAUUGGUUGGACCGAGUUAUGAAGAGGACGAUGACGACGGUCAUGCCGCUGUACUGGAGCAGAUGCGAAGAAGGCAGCAGGCCCGCGCACGACCGAACAACCCCUUCGCACAAUCUGUAUGGGAAGAAAACUCCCACGCUGCGCAUCCCACGCCAGGCCCUGCCGAACCCAGUCGCGCAUCUCGCCUCGCGGACCUCUUCCGUCCCCCGCACGAUUUGAUGUCGCGUUUCAGCUGGGACGAGGCCCGUGACGAGGGGAAGGAAGAACAAAAAUGGAUUUUGGUCAACCUCCAGGACAUGUCCGAUUUUAACUGCCAAGCACUAAACCGCGAUAUUUGGAAGGAUGAGGCGAUCAAAUCACUCGUCAGGGAGAACUUCAUUUUUCUGCAGUACGAUAAGAACGACUAUGCGGCAGAGCAGUACAUCACAUUCUACCUACCCAACGAAGGUCACCAAAACCCUAACAACUUUCCACACGUCUCUAUCAUUGAUCCUAGGACAGGCGAGCAAGUGAAGGUUUUUAGUGGAAUCCCCUUCCCGAGCGCCCUGGACUUUCACGCGCAACUGGCCGAAUUUCUCGACCGGUACAGCUUAUCUGCACACAGCAAGAACCCUGUUUCUAAGGCAAAACGACCCGAGCGUGCCGUGAACGUGGACCGUAUGACAGAAGAGGAGAUGUUGGAGAUGGCGUUGCAGAACAGCCUGGAUGCCAACGGCGGCUCGAAACACCCGAACAUCCAAGACCCGGAUGAGCUCACCAAGUCCACGGGUACGUUGCAAGGAGGCCAGGGCAAGGAAUCAACAGUGCCAACGGAGUCCGCGCCCCCGGAACCAGAGACCGCAGAAGCGUCUUCAGAGCAGCAGAUCUCCGCAUUCAGUAGGAUACCCUCGGAUCAACCCCACAUCGAACCGCCUGCAGACCCCAAAACUACGACUAGACUUCAGAUUCGGAACCCGCCCGGGCGCAUCAUCCGACGCUUCCGCCUAGACGAGCCCGUGUCACGUAUCUACGAAUGGCUCAAAGCUGAGCCCUUGGAAGGCAAGGACGGCGUCGAGUUUGAGCUCAAGUCCAUGCCCCCCCAGAGUGACGACUUGAUCAAUCAUUUGGACGAGACAAUCCAAGAGGCUGGCUUAGCGAAUGCCGUGGUUAUGCUUGAGUUUAUCGAGUAG